GAAAAAUAAAAAGAAAGGCUUUAUAACAAAAGAUUCUAUAUAAAGCAUAAGAUUAGUGCAGGUACCUUUUAUAUGGAUUAUUUUUAUUGAAAGGUUCUUUUGGAGUUGUUUUCUUAUGUUAAGAUUUAUAAACAAAAGAUUAUGUAGCAAUGAAAGUAGAAAAGGAGGAUAUAAAUUCAAUGAGUUUGGAUAGAGAAACAUAAAUGUUAGAUGAAUUGAAAAAGUUACCAGGUUAGAUAUAUGGUAAAAAUAGGGAUUCCUAAAAUAAUUUGGGCAGGUAAUGAACAUAAUCAUAAUUGUUUGGUGAUGUAAUUAUUAGGCAGAGAUCUAUCCUAUCAUUUAAAAGCUUUAAAAAGGUUUUCAUUAAAAUGCGUUGUUAAUAUAUCUCUUCAAAUAAUAUAAAUAAUUGAAGGAGUUCAUAAAAAGUACUAUUAAAUACAUAUAAAUGAGAGGAAUAAUUCAUAGAGAUAUGAAACCAGAAAAUGUUAUGACUGGAAAAGAUUUUGAAUAGAAUUCAAUUUUUCUAGCAGAUUUUGGAAUUGCAAAAUUUUAUAGAGAUGCUAAUGGAACACAUGUGUAAAUAAUCAUAUUUUAUAUUUAUUUAAUAUCAGUCCAUUCAAAGAGAAUAAAUCAUUUGUUGGUACAACUCGAUAUGCAAGUAUAGGAGCACAUAGAGGAUAUGAAUUAAGUAGAAAAGAUGAUUUAGAAUCAAUAGGAUAUAUGAUAAUUUACAUGUAUAAAGGUAUUUUACCUUGGUAAAUUUAUCAUAAUGUUGCAGAGAAGGAAAAAACGAAAAUUGUUGGUUAGAUUAAAUAAUAAACUUAAAUUGAAGAAUUAUGUAAUGACUGUCCUUAAGAAUUCUAUUUGUAAGAGUAUCUCUAAUUAGAUAUUUUUAAUAUGUUAAAUAAUUAGAAUAUAAAUCUACACCUGAUUAUAGAUAUUUGCAUUCUUUAUUUGAAUAAAUAUCUAUAAAUGGUGGAUUUAAAAAUGAUAAAAGACUUGAUUGGACUGAAUAUACUUAAGGAACAACUAAAAUCUCAGGAGAAUAGAUUUAAUAAGAAACAAAAUAACCAGUCAGAUCAUCAAGAUAAAAUGAUAAAUUUUAAAAUGUUGAUUAAAUUCAAAAAUAAAGGUAUAUAUUUGAUAUUAUAACUAGAUCUGAUGUCAAUAAUCUAUAAAAAACAAUCAAUAACAAUCGUAAUAGAAGUCGCCAUUAAUCAGAAUAAUAGGUUAAUAAAAACAAUACUGGAAAUAGUUUCUCAUCUUCAUAGAUAAAUAGUUAAUAAUCUUCAAUUCUAUUAAAUUAUUAAAAUUCUUAAAUCUCUCAAAAUAAUAUUCAAAUAGGGUCUUCAAAAUUAUUAACUAAAUUAUAAGACAGAGGAAUUAUGAGUUUACAUUAGGAUUCCAAAGGAUCAUUAAUUAAGUAAUAAUCUUCUAAAUCAUUUCGUGAAAGACAUAUGUCCUCUCAUUUAUAAUAGCAAUUCAUUAAUUAAUAACAAUAAUCAUUUCAUAACAAUAGUUAAAUUAUGAAACUCUAAUAAGAAGACUUUUAAGAUUUAGAGGAAUUAGAAGAAAGAUUAUAAAAAGAUAAAUAAUCAAAGUAAAAAAUUUACAUAUCAAUAGAUGGCGAAAUUAAAUUUAUAAAAAAAAUUAACCAUUGAAAGUUAAAGAAAUUCAAAAGAAUUACAAAUAAUUAGAUAACUAAACUGAUUUACAAGGAAUGACUUAAAUAGAAGAUACAAAUAUAGAAAAUAAAGUUAUGAGUUACACUUUGUAUACUCCAAAAUUAAAAUAAAACUUAGCCAAAUAUUGAUUCAUA